AUGAUCAUCUUGCCGAUUCCUGCGCCAGCGGCCAUCAUUCACGUCUCCGUAAGUUACUGCGAUGGGAAGGGUGUGCUUCUUGUUGCCACCCAAAGCUUGUUCCGAUUUGGGGUUUGCGGCGUCACUGGUGCUCCUGCCUGCACCACAGCCAUUGCCCCUUAUUCCACAAAGACUGACGCGUGCAAGGCCAAAGGCAAUGGUGCGACAAAAUGCCUGAACUCCUUGAGAGUACUCUACAACAACUACGAUCUGGACUGCGACCUCGUCGUUGUGUGCGAGUAUUUUGACGGCCCUGCCACCACUGUCAAUACGGCAACUCCUGGCACUCCCCCUGCUGCGAUUACGCCGACAGCUGUCCUUCCGCCCUCCCCUUCUCUGCUGCCAAAGGCUGGUGACCUUGUCCUUUCAUCAGCAUAUGCUGUUGGGGCUGUGCAAUAUACUUGCAACAGAGCUUCUGGCUUGUUUGCCAAUAUUACGGUGAUUGCCAACCUAUACACGAACCCGCCACAAAACGGUACCAUUGGUACUUACUUGAGCGCAAAUGAAAUUCAGGUAUACAGCCUCACUGAUGGAGGCAAAGCACAGAUUGGUGCGUCCGAUAAAGGGGCAUCGUAUGCCCAGAAUUCGACUGUUCUAUCAGACGGCGGCUAUGGUUCAUUGAAUCGGAGCUACUCGACAGCCACCGGGAAUCUCAGCCUUGCAAACGUCACUUACAUUGCCAUUACUGGGACUGUGGGCGGUGUCCUCCCAAACAAAGCUGUUUGCAGCAAGGCGGCUGGCACUUUAGCACUCAUCCCAUCUUUUCCGUGGACGGUUCCCUAUGAAGCAAACGUCACGUUCUACAGCAAGUUUACUCCCCCCGUUUGAGGUAUUGCGGCUUUCAGUCACCACACAGAUUGCUCAACGUGUACGAUUCUAACGUUGUUUGCAUAUAAACCCGAAAUUUUAUGGUUUGAGCUUUAGUAAGCGUGUGUUUGUUUUGGUAGUUUUGACACUCGUCUAGUUGGUUGAUGAUAAACCUCGAUAGAUGGUCAGAUGCUCGACUCCUUAGGCGGUAAGUAGCCCUUCAGAUAUGAUGAACACCGAGCUACGGAAUCGCUUGCUUUUGCGCCAUGCAUCGGCCUUAGUGUCGGGCAAACUUAGUUGGUCCGGUUGCCAGCUUGAAAACUUGAAAGGGUAGUGCUCUAUGAUAAUACUCUUAAGUAGUUUUUUCAGAGUAUCUUCAUCGGGCUAUGGCUGCAGUGGGCGCCGGCAACGUGAUUACGCGCGAUGUUGUGAUUCUCGACUCAUCA